GUUACAAUUCGUACAUCUAUGUGUAGAGCUACAUACAGAAAAUGAUGCAGUGGACGUAUUUCUGUAUAGGUCUUUUCUAUCAGCUGCAGUGCACUUUCUCUAUGGAAAUAGAUACGUUUGGGUUACCAUCCGUGACAACCAAAUUUGAAGAGAAACACUAUGUGGUGCCUGACAGAACGAUUAACUUUAAUCUGACAUGUGAAGCGACAGGCGACCCAACUCCAUCGAUCACGUGGUUGAAGAAUGGACAGUCCUUCAUUGAUACAUUAAGGGCACAUGUCACGUCGAUUGGUGUCCUUGUUUUCACGGAGGCUGUUUCCAGUACUUAUGGUACCUACCAAUGUAAGGCAACAAAUGCCAAAGGCGCCUCCAUUUCUCCGGAGAUUUCCAUCAAUAGGGCUUUGUUGGGAAAUUUCCCGCAGACACCGGAAGUGAAUACAGUAUCCGAGGAUCGUAACCAGUACUUAGCCUUGCCCUGUACAGAUCGACCAACGUGUGAACCGAAAAGUUCCUGCAGGUUCGAAUGGAAGCGACGCGGUGGAGAAGGAGUUGCACCGGAAGAGCGUAUUCUGGUGGACAAUGAAGGUACACUUCAUAUCCUGUACCUGGAUCAGUCAGAUGACAAUGAAACGUAUACUUGUGGAGUGUGGAACUCACAAUUUAGAUCGCAUGUCCGAAGUCAACAGACCACCAAACUAAAGAUCAGGUUUGACGGAUCACGGAAUACCUAUCCUCCCGCACUGGUGUUUAGCAAAAAUGUCACAGGAAAGGCUACACAGCAGGCUCGGCUUCAGUGUGUUUUCUCGGGACAUCCUCUCCCUGACAUUGCUUGGUUGGAUACUAACGGUGAUACUAUAGAAGAGAGUGAUGUGUACAGUUUCCAUGACAACAGACAUACCUUAGUGAUAAGUUCUUUGUCCGCUGAUCACGAAGGCAUGUACACGUGCAAUGGCUUACAGACAGCAUCUAAUGCGCGUGCAGAGGGCAACGUGUACCUCAACGUUACGGGACCUCCCAUCUUUGAAACCGGAGCAAUGGUGGACCAGGUACUGACAGUAGGUUCAGACGCGCAGUACAGCUGUUUGUCGCGGUCCCUCCCCAACGAAAUUGUUCCAGACCCACCAGUUUGGUACCAGGAUGCGCAGGAAAUCACAGUCUUUGGUCCCGAAGAGAAGUUCUCAAGAAACGGCACAGUGCUGACUGUGAAUAGAUUGGAGAAGAACGACACGUCGUGUAUACAGUGUGCGGUGGGAAACAGCGAAGGACGCAGCUUCCGGGAAACUCGGCUCGUCGUCAUAGAUCCCAUCACCAUCCUCGAAGGUUUACCGGAGUUUGUAGAAGUAACUCCAAACACUUCAGUCGGUAUACGUGUGACUGCUAUAACUGACCCACGUCUGUCUCUGACAUACGAGUGGUCAUUUCUGGAUAAUGAAGUAUGGACAGGUUUGCCGACAGGUGUAGCGAUCAGUGACGACCAGCAGAAUGCUACGUUUACUCCAAGCCCGAGUAAUGUCCAGGAGAUCAUUGGCAUAUACAGGGUGGUUAUCCGGCAUGCCUUCGACUCGGUGAUACUACAUACCAACAUAACAACAACGUUUUCAUCAACAACACAAACAGCUGCAACAAACACUACCGAAGCAACACCAACGACAACUUCAGCAUCAACAACGACAACUUCAGCCUCAACAACAACUUCAGCCUCAACAACAACAACUUCAGCUUCAACAACGACAACUUCAGCAUCAACAACAACUUCAGCGAAGAUGAUGCCAGCCAAACCGCCUGUGGGCAAUCAGGAAGAAGAACCUUCCUCCUCUGUACCAGUAGCUGCCAUCGUGGUUAUUGUCAUAGCAUGCAUAUUCGUGUCAGGACUCAUCAUCGCAGUCAUCUGGUACAGACAAAAGAAGCAAAACAAAUUGACCAUCGACCAGCCACCAGUGAAGUUCGAAAACACAAAAGACGCAUGAGUCAGCUGUGACGUCAUACAAAGGAAU